CGCUUAGCGCUUGUAAAUAAAAAUUGUGAUUGUGAGGUUAAAAUUUUUGUGAGUUAAGGUUAAAACUCAAAAUGUGAAUUUUCUUAAAAUUUUGCGAAGUUGCCAUCGUAUCAAUAGUUUUAAUCAAAUUCUGCAAUUUCCUAUAAACACUAGUUGUGUUCUUAAUAAAUAGUAUAGGUCGAAUCUAGUACCCUAAUUUAGUCUAGUAGAAUUCCUUGAUUUCAUUUUGGAUAUUAUUUGCCAACUAGCCAGCGUUCUAUUGUAUGUAGAAGAUGAGUGCCGUCAUAGCGCUAUGUCAUUUCUGUGAUCAGCAUGGGCCAAGCGUGCUUAUUAAUACUCGAGUUCAAUAUGGAACUGACUCAAGCAGAGAAACUAACUCGGCUUUAACCACCAGCACAGCAACAUGUUGUGCAUGUGAAAUGAACUCACAGUUCGUGAGUAUUGAUGAAAAGACUCAAGCAAAUUAUAUUAGCUGUCGUAUGCCCUACCACCUUCCAAAACUAUCGUCCUGGCUUCAACAUGUUUGCGUACGAAGUUUAAGUUGCGAGGUGAAUCCGUGUCUAUUCAGUGAGCGAGAAAACUGCUGCCUCUCACUCUCGUUCUCAGUCAGAGAUGCCAUGGCCAGAGGAUUUCACAGAUGGUUCAGUAUUGUCAUAACUAUGCGAGAUUUGGCGCUACUCUCCGGCUUGUCGCAGUUUCUGCAUCAAUUUGUAAACUCUGUCAUAAAGACAAUUCAAGAAAGAGCACUGCAGGUAUACAACCUCGAAAAGCCUUUCAGAUUCAAUAAUCCUCCUCAGUCAAGAUCUCUGAGUAGUCUAACACGCUGUAAUUAUAUCUUCGCACAAGUGCACACUUGGUUCACAUGGUUAUUGAGAGCUCAAUCGAGAUAUUUCUCUGAAUGCAUUCCUCGAUCUCCAUACUAUCACGCUCAUCCAGAUAUUGCAUUAGAUGGAGAUAUAAGGUCGCUGCAGUCAUUCCUAGGACCAGAUUCUUUCAAGAGAGUAAUACUCGGCUUGUUAGAAGGAAAACAAAUUAUUUUGAGGGGUGACAAUUUGACUGCUGUUGAGUCAGCCAUUAAAACUUUAAAGACUCUAGUACCUGAGAAAUGUUGCAAGGAUACAAUGAAUGCCGACGAAUAUGUGGAGCCCGAGAUUUGCAAUUUGCUAGGCGUUGGGACGCAGGUAGCAGUGCCGCAACCCACUGUAGGCAUUAUAAGGGUGGACAUACUCCAAGGAAAUUGCCAUCUGAGAACUUUGGAACCGGAAACCUCUCGUUACCCAACCUAUGCGAAUAAAUUACUGAAAGCCGUAGAAAAUCAGACGCUGAACAAUAAAGUUCUGAACUAUCACCUCACAGCGUUGAAAAAAGAAUGGACCAACAUUUCUAAGCUCAUCAACAGAGUUCCAGCUGAAAACUCUUCUGCUCUUCUACUUGCAUUGGGAGUUCAAGAUCAAGACAAACAGUUAAUCAAAUAUUGGUCUACAAGUUUACAAUAAAUUGUCAAAUACUAGCUGAAAUAUUUAUAAGGAAGUCAAUUUAAUGUAUUUAUAUAUUUUUUUACUGUAUUUAUUUGUUUAUUAUCUCAUUAGUCUGUUUUUGUAUGUAAAAAGUUGUGCACAUUUUUUCAUAAUAAAUGUUGAAGACUGUCAAA